UUCUCCUUCCUUACCCCUUUUUAAAACACAUUCACAAGUGUCCUUGGGGGGGAGACGCUGAACCCCGAGUGUCUCCCUCGGCGCUUCGCUGCAGCCCACUUAUUCUGAUAGUUUAGGAUGGGUUAAAUACAGGAGCAACAUUUCAAGUACAUACCUAUAUGUAUGUGAUGAUCGAAAUAAAGUUACAGUUUAAGUAGUUAGAUGAGGAUGUAUCUUGAGGAGCGCACAUCAGAGAUGUUGUGUGUGAAUGCUGGUUUGACACCGGUCUAUUGCCUAAAAUGCACAAGCUGUGUCAUAUAAGUGUGCAUCAAGGCAAAAGACUGAGACACCGGCAUCAGAUAUAUUGGCGGCUUGCAGAAGUGCGGCAACUGUGAUACGAUGUCAUCUCCACUGCUUUCCACGUUGUGAUUUCACGAUAUAAUUCAUUAUUGUGUCAAAGCAUGCAUGCUGUCAAAUCUCAAUCUUUCAGAAAUUCUCUGGCUGUUAAAGGGUUAAGCAAAAGGCUCCACGUGUGUCUGUUAGGCAUUGGUUUUCUAAUCUGUAGCUGAAGUGAGUGCAAAGUGUGUGAAAGUGCAGACAGAGAGCAGCGGCCGGGGGAAAGAGGGAAGAGGACAAAGGAGACCGCUUUGAGAGAGGGUCGGAUAGAGAGACCAUCGGCAGCAGCACAGAGAGAGAGAAGAGCAGAAGGAAAAGCCCGCCAUGACAUACCGUCUGUUUGAGGGGAAGGAGCACGCCUCCACCUACCAGAAGUAUCGCUUCACACCUCCAGAGGAGCUCAAGAACAUCAUUCUGCAAUACCUCGAUGAAAAGCGCCCUCAGAAGGGACAGCCACGCGGGCUGGCAGUGGACCUGGGCUGCGGGACGGGCCAGAACUCGCGGCUCCUGGCGCCGCACUUCCAGGAAGUGGUGGGCGUCGACAUCAGCGAGUGUCAACUGGAGGAGGCCAGGGCCGUGGCGGGGUCGUCCAACAUCACGUACAGAAAGGGGACCGCCGAGGAGCUUUCUUUUCCCGACUGCUCCGUGGACUUGCUGACGGCGGCGUCGGCGGCCCACUGGUUCGACCAGUCGCGGUUCCUGGCCGAGGCCAGUCGGGUCUUGAAGCCCCGGGGUUGCGUGGCCCUGCUGGGCUUCAGGGACACGAGCACCAGCCUUCGCUACCAGGGAUGCGGAGACAGACUCGAUCGCCUGUUCGAAGAGGUGAAGCAGGCGCUGUUGCCGUACACCAGCGCUCGGAUAACCUUAACCGAGGGGAAGCUGGAGGAGCUCUACUCUGCCAUCCCUUUCCCUGACAAAGAGAGGAUCGAGAGGGUUCCGGUGACGUCGUCGAUCUCGGUGAGGAACCUGAUGGGUUUCAUUGAGAGCUUUUCCAUGUUCCAAGGUUACAAGAAGAAAGAUCCCAAGGCUGCUGGGGAACUGCUGCUCAAUACUCAGAAGAGGUUCCUGGAGGAGAUGGGAGUCAAGUCUCCUGACACUGAAGUAGAGCAGGAACUGGAAUAUUUCUGCGUCCUGGCGUCAAAACCCGGGUAAUCAACAGCGUGGCAUUUGGAGGGAUAGAAGGCAGCUUGGCUCUUGUUGUACGCGCCGUGUGCUCUGCAGAUGAAGCUUCAGUAACUUGGGUUCAUGCUACAGCUUCUCAGCAAGAAACAGAAUGCAGACAAAUCAGUCCUGUUAAAAAUCACUUUUGUAGAACGUGUUGAUGUACAGAACGAUAGCAAUAGUUUUUCUUGGGAAACCAAUGGCCCUCACUAUGACACACAUUCAAUCAAUAUGUAUUUUUCAUUAAACUCCCAAAGAGUUGUGGUGUUAAACAAAAAAAGCAAGACUCAACUGAUUAUUGACAUUGGUUAGGCCGGGUGUAUACUGGAGUGUAUAAAUUAACAUAACAUGUGCAUUAAUAAAGAUACAUUGUGACCAAAAGCUGGCCUAAAAGGCAAUACCAUCUAUAAGGGCUUGUGCAUGAACCCUUUGUACGUUACACCGUGGUGAGUUAUUUUAAAUUGGUAUCUUUUGAGACAAAAUACUCCUCUCUCUUUCUUUUCCAAAUAAAAAUACUAAAGGUAGCAA